UCGCACCUCUUCACCACGGCAGAACACCAACCGGCCAUUGGAGGAGCAAUGGCGGCGAUGACGAGAUCGGGUCUCGUUAAGCUCUGCUGCUGCUCUCCUCUUUUCCUGCUCUGCUUCCUGCUCCCCGGCGCACUCGCGGAGGAGCGCUUCUACGAGUUCGUUGUCCAGGAGACGCUAGUGAAGAGGCUGUGCAAGACCCAGAAGAUCAUCACGGUGAACGGCCAGUUCCCAGGUCCGACGAUCGAGGUGUACAACGGCGACACCCUGGCGAUCAAGGCCGUCAACCUUGCCCGAUACAACGUCACCCUCCACUGGCACGGGCUCCGGCAGUUUCGGAACGGGUGGGCGGACGGCCCCGAGUUCGUGACGCAGUGCCCGAUCCGGCCGGGCGGGAGCUACACGUACCGGUUCACGAUCCAGGAGCAGGAGGGCACGCUCUGGUGGCACGCGCACAGCUCCUGGAUCCGCGCCACCGUGCACGGAGCGAUCAUCAUCCACCCCAAGAGGGGCGUCCCCUACCCUUUCCCCAAGCCCCACAAGGAGUUCCCCGUCGUCCUAGCGGAGUGGUGGAGGAGGGACCCGAUCGCCGUGCUCCGGCAGUCCAUGAUCACCGGCGCGCCGCCCAACGUCUCCGACGCCCUCCUCAUCAACGGCCAGCCGGGGGAUUUCCUCCCGUGCUCCAGCCAAGAGACGAGCAUCAUCCCGGUGGUCGCCGGCGAGACAAACCUUCUGCGCAUCAUCAACGCGGCCAUGAACACCGAGCUCUUCGUCAGCCUCGCCGGACACAAGAUGACCGUGGUCGCCGCGGACGCCAUGUACACCAGGCCCUUCGAGACCACCGUCGUCCUCGUCGGCCCCGGCCAGACCACCGACGUCCUCGUCACCGCGCACGCCGCCCCGGGUCGCUACUACCUCGCCGCGCGCGCAUACGCCUCCGCCCAGGGCGUCCCCUUCGAUAACACCACCGCCACCGCCAUCUUCCAGUACAAGAACGGCCCGGGUUGCCCCACCACUUCCGGGGCAGGGGCAGGCGCCGGAGCGGGAGCCAACACCUUCAACGGCCCAGUAAGCCGGUCGUCCAGACACCCCGGCCGCGCCGGUCCGCAGCCAAUGCUCCCGUUCCUGCCGGCGUUCAAUGAUACGAACACGGCGACCGCCUUCUCGAACAGCAUCCGGAGCCCGGCGCCGGUGAAGGUGCCUGGCCCGGUGACCCAGGAGAUGUUCACCACCGUGGGGUUCGGGCUCUUCAACUGCCGCCCCGGGCCGUUCUGCCAGGGCCCAAACAACACCCGGUUCGGCGCGAGCAUGAACAACGUCUCCUUCCAGCUCCCGGACACCGUCUCCCUGCUGCAAGCGCACUACCACCACAUCCCCGGCGUGUUCACCGACGACUUCCCCGCCUUCCCGCCGGUGUUCUUCGACUUCACCUCCCAGAACAUCCCCCGCGCGCUGUGGCAGCCGGUGAAGGGCACGCGGCUGUACCGCAUCAAGUACGGCGCGGUGGUGCAGAUCGUGUUCCAGGACACGGGCAUCUUCGUCACCGACGAGCACCCGAUGCACAUCCACGGGUACCACUUCUACGUGCUGGCCACGGGAUUCGGCAACUAUGACCCGCGGCGCGACGAGGCCAGGUUCAACCUGGUCGACCCGCCCAGCCGGAACACCAUCGGUGUGCCCGUCGGCGGGUGGGCCGUGGUGCGGUUCGUGGCCGACAACCCCGGGGUGUGGCUGGUGCACUGCCACAUCGACGCGCAUCUCAGCGGCGGUCUCGCCAUGGCGCUGCUGGUGGAGGACGGCGAGUCGGAGCUCGAGGCCACCAUGUCGCCGCCGCUCGACCUGCCGAUCUGCGUCCUGUAGAGAUUUUAUUGCUCCUUAUGUACGUGACUGCGUGGUGGUACAGUUAGGAUAUGUGCGUUGUACGUGUUUGCAUUGGGAAUUUGGCAUUGUAAUUUGGAUUUCCGAUUUGAGUUUGCAAAGAAAAGGGAAAUUUUCAUAUUA